AUGGUAGUGAUCAUCGACAAACAAUCUCCACCGUUAACAUGGCGCCUUGGGCGUAUUCUCGAAGUACUACCUGGUUUAAAUGAGUCAGCACUUAGUACCAGUACACAAAUACACUUGCAAACUUAUGAUUAUGAUAUUGGUGUCUAUGUAGAAAAAACGUGUACUAAUGAUGAAAAGUAUAAGAUUUUGAAAAAUCGAUGGAUACCAAAUGAAUUUUAUAAAUUUCCUAUCAGUGGAACAAGAAAACUUAAAUUCCAAAGAAACUGGUUACUAGAAUUCCCUUGGCUUUCGUAUUCAGAAAAAUUAGACGGUGCUUUUUGCGUAUUCUGUUUUUUAUUUUGUUCUAAAGAAGUGGGAAAAGGAAGUCAUAUCUCUACAAAGUCUUUCGUAGUGACUCCAUUCUGUCGUUGGAAAGAUGCAAAAGAGCAAUUCCGUUAUCACACAAAUGUAGAAUAUCAUAAAACUUCUUGUAUAGUUGCUCAGAAUUUUAAAGAUGUACGCGAAAAAAAAAUCGUUGAUAUUAGCCUUCAGCUUAAUACAGCCCGUUUAGCGACAAUCGAACAAAACAGGAAAAUAUUAUCUUCUAUUGUUGAAACAAUCAUUUUAAUUGGAAGGCAAGAAAUUGCCUUAAGAGGUCAACGUGAUUCAGGUCCAAUAUUAUCGAAAGUUUCAAACCAUAAUGACGGAAACUUCCGUGCGUUGUUGCGUUUUCAUGUAGAUUCAGGAGACAAUACUUUAAAUGAUCAUCUAUUACGAAUAGAAGCAAUGCCAUCAAAUCGUUCUACUAAAUGUUUUAGUUUACUAGCUGACGAAACUACUGAUAUCAGCGGCAUUGAACAGUUUUCGUUAUGUGUUCGUUUCAUUGAAAAAACUAACAGCGGAAGUAUUUUAAAAGAGGAUUUUCUAUCUUUUGUUCCUGUAAAUGAUGUUACCGGAAAAGGACUAAUGUGUACUUUAUUGGAAACAUGUCAAAAUUUAAAGUUGAAUCUAAAAUAUUUAGUAGGCCAAGGAUACGACGGAGCGGCAGCAAUGAGUGGAGAAUUUCAAGGGUGUGCUGCCAAAGUUAUGGAAAAAUAUCCUCAGACAUUGUAUGUACAUUGGGCUAGUCACUCAUUAAAUUUAGUUGUGAGUGACGCAUGCAACAUUCCUAUUACUUUUUCCGUAUAUCGGCACAACGACAAAGCAUAUUAA